UGCUGUUCAGAGGUAAACUGUAAAAUCAAAGAUGGCGGCAGUAGUGGAAUCACAAGGACCGGCAAAAAUCGGUGAAGAAGGUGACUCCCAAGUCAGUUAUCCACUUACUUUACUMUACUGCGGAGUAUGCACGAUGCCAGUCGAGUACUGUGAAUUUAGCCCAGAAGCAGAGAAAUGUAAAGAAUGGUUAAAAGAAAAUGAUCCAGAUCUAUAUGAUGAAAUGAAUCAAGUGGCAGAAGGAGUAGGUGGAAUGGAUAUCAAUGAUAAAGACAAAAAGAGGCAGACAAGAGGAGGGCGAGGGAAAAUAAAAUUACCAAAGAAAAAGAAUGCACCAAAGAAAAUCCAAAUUUCAAGAACACAGAGAAAUAAAAAGAAAUAUGUUACCAUAGUAACUGGACUUGCAACAUUUGAAAUCGAUUCAAAGAAAGCUGCAAAAGCAUUUGCACAAAAAUUUUCAUGUGGUUCUUCAGUUAGUGGUGAUGAUGAAAUAUCCAUUCAAGGUGAYGUUACAGAUGACCUGUGGGACUUUAUUCCUGAAAAAUGGCCAGAGAUUGAUGAAGAUAGCAUAGAAGACCUUGGUGAUGUUAAAAGAUGAGAGMAGAGACAAUUCAUUUUCAUGCUGUGACUUCAAAAACAYACUAAAAAUAAUGAACAMUGGCAGAAAGGGAAAAUUACCAACAAAAAUGCAUCUGAACUCAAAACGCAUCUACAGUAGUAUGACUGCAAAAAUAUACAAUUUUUACUAUUYAUAGUAGUAAAAAAAUAAUAAGCUAAUAAUCUAGAAUUUUGUCAUCACCCCAUUGCAAAGGUCAGGGAUGUCAGAGCAUGUUUACUCUUGGGGUUGCUAAGAGUUUAGAUUUUAUAUAAGGCUUUUUUGCUGUGAUGUUGUUUGAUGAUGCAGCUAGUUUUAGAGAUUUAAAGAAGGGGUGGGACAUAGUCCACAAUCUUCAACAUCCCUAAAAGUACAUAUGUAGUCUAUCUUGUUAGUGUAGAAAAUAGGAGCUAAAGGUACAACAUUUAGAUAAACUGAUAUACUGAAAAUAUUGUUCAACUUGCAUCUUUUUGCUGAAGUUUUUAGCCUUUCGGAACUGAUUAUAAUAAUUUUGCAUGGGCCCCCUCUAACAUGGUUUUUUGUUUGGGUGCCCCCUCAAAACCACCAGACCCCCCCUCCCGACAAAAAAUGAUCACUCCCUUAUUCUCUAACUACAUGUAUAUAAAGUGUUGGUCAUGUCGAAUAUUGGCAAGCAUMUAUAAAUGAAUGAAAUUGAUAAAGACUGGAUCACUUGUUGUCUUUUUCUUUUUAUUUGAAAAAAUGAAACUUUUUACCAUAUAUGAUAAUUUUCUCGCUUUCUGAUUGGUCGAGAGCCGUAGUAAAUAAAAGCAGAAACUCAUAAGUUAAUUUAUGAGUUUCUGAUAAAAGUACAUACCACAGUCGCUGCUUUGCUUGCAAUUAACUUUGAUACUUUAAAGAAAAACAAUGUACUUUCCCGACUUUUCUGUCAUUGGAAAUUUCUGACUGGGCAGACAAAGCGAAAAAAGUAAUACCAUUAUUUGUUGAAAUAAAUGUAUUGGUUCAGUUUGAAA